UCUAGUUAGUUAGUUAGUCAUGAAACCAUAUGCAGUACGCCAGAUAAACUGUGUGUUAUAAUCCGUGGCUAUCGGUCUACGUCCGUAGCUGUCGAAGGCUUUGUGCGUCGGUAAAUGUGUGGUGAUACGUAAGUUUAGGUUUGUUAUUUUGUUGACCUUCAACAAAUUAAGCAGAGAAUUACAGAACUUCCAGAUUAAGGUUAUCUCUUAUUAAGGGCUCGAAGUAGACGCAAGACGGUAUCGCCAGUUAAAUGUUCGAAGCCCAUAGUAUUAAUACCGAGCACAAGGAUCUUAUUCAUGAUGUUGCGUAUGACUUCUAUGGCCUACGAAUGGCUACCUGUUCCAGUGAUCAGUUUGUUAAGGUGUGGGACCAGGAUGAACAUGAGAAUUGGAACUUGACAGCAACCUGGAAGGCGCAUAGUGGGUCGGUUUGGAAGGUAACAUGGGCCCAUCCUGAAUUUGGACAAGUUCUUGCUACAUGUUCUUUUGAUCGUACUGCUGCUGUGUGGGAAGAAAUUGUUGGUGAAAGUCCUGUGCCUGGCGAGCGAGGGAUGAAACAUUGGGUCCGCCGAACCAACCUGGUGGACUCUCGAACUUCUGUUACUGACGUAAAGUUUGCUCCAAAAUCUUUGGGACUUCUUCUGGCUACCUGCUCAGCUGAUGGGGUUAUGCGAAUUUAUGAAGCUCCUGAUGUCAUGAAUCUUUGUCAGUGGACAUUACAGCAUGAGGUGUCUUGUAAACUUCCAUGUAGCUGUCUUAGCUGGAAUCAUUCUUUUUCCAGAUUACAUCAUCCUACGUUGGCAGUAGGAAGUGAUGAUUCAAAUACUGGCAACGGAGGCAAAGUAUUCAUUUAUGAAUACAGUGAAAACUCUCGCCGUUGGUCAAAGACUGAGACAUUGGCAAGUGUAACAGAGGCUGUCCAUGACAUUGCUUUUGCACCAAAUUUGGGUCGCAGCUUCCAUCUUCUUGCAAUUGCUACAAAUAAUUUGCGAAUUGCCUCUUUGAAGCCUUUGGUGGACAGCACAGUUCAGAGUGGUCACACUAGAUUUGAUAUAAAUAUGGUUGCUCAGUUUGAAGAUCAUACCAGUACAGUGUGGAGGGUGUGCUGGAAUAUAACUGGCACUAUUCUUGCCUCUUCAGGAGACGAUGGUUUUGUUCGCCUGUGGAAAUCCAAUUACUUGAACAACUGGAAAUCUGUUGCUGUUCUGAAGGGUGAUGGCACACAGGCUCAGACUGACUCUUCUACGCCGGCAGUUCCGGGUCCAUCUGGUGGUGUGGCAACCACCAGCCAAAGCUCCACAACCAGGACUUCAGAGGAAACCUCAAGCAAGUGGCAAGCUCCAGUAAUAAAGGGAAGAUUUCAGAAGAUGACGUGGCUUGGCUCAGAUCCACCCCCACCACCCAUUGAAAAAAACAAACCAUUCAAAAAAUGACUAAGGUUGAAGCAUGGUGCCGGAGAGAGCACAAAUCCAGAGAGGAGUAAUGAAUCCCUACCUGUUUAGACUUAGGAAGAGUUUCAAUUCCAUAUAAAUUGUGGCAUGUUACAAUACUGCAUUGGCUGUGAAUACCAUUGUUCAGUAUUACUGUAUUGAUUGAUAUGCUAAACAAGAAUUGUUUACACUAAUUUGGCUGUUUUACUUUAUGUGUUUGUAGAGCUUAAGUAGGCCUUAUACAUAGUUGGAUAUUCUAAGACAUUGGUUACAGAUAAGAUCAGAACAGUUGUCUCUCAUAUACAGUUUCUUAAUGGGUUGAGACAUAUUUAUGAAUUCACCAGUAUAAUUAAAUAUGGAAUGGGGACUUACAUCUUUCAUAAAAUUGAUAUUUGGUCAGUAUCUGUAAAUACUGAACGUUGUUUAAUAAUUACAAGAUUUUGUUAGUAUAAGUUACAGUUACUGAUCAUGAAUAUUGUUGUGUGUUUGGUACAGUAUUCAAGACAGUUCUGUAUUUAGUUGCCAGUUUGAUGUAGGGAUGGGCUUUCUGUUUCCUGUUGUCAGCAGAAUUUGUGUUGCAGUUUUGUUCAUGUCCAGAACUGGUAUCCUGAUGUAAUGGAAGUAUCAAAUUUUACUAUGAUUAAUGACAUACGUUUAUAACGGAAAAGUAAUGUUUGGUCUGUACCAGUCACGAAAGGUGCUGUUCUCAAAUUUACUGUUCUAACCUUUAAAUUAAUACUUAUAAAUCCUGGUAUUAAAUACUUAAUGCCAGAGGUGGUUAGCAUACUGUAGACAGGCCUAUUUAUGACUUACUUUUAUGAACUGUUAGGGUAUGAAACAUCAUAAUUGUCAUUGCUUAUUCUUCAAUAUGUCAGGAAAAUAAUGCACCCUAAGCACUGUCAUCUUGUGCUGCACUCUAAAUAUCUUUUUUACACAAUUUACUUCCAUAAUUAAAAACAGUGGGAGAAUUAAUUGUUCUUAAGCUGUUUGUACUAGUGUUGCCAACCUCUUUUCAGGAGUAUUUUAAGUGAUGAUAUAACUUUGCUUGUACACACAACUGAGAGUGGAGAAAUCGGACAUGAAUUGUCUUUCCAGUACAGUGAUAAAUAUCACCAAAUCAUGUGUAGGCCUACAGUUUAAAAAAGGACACAUUUUUAAAGCACUUAAUUCAUUUGCACUGUGUUUUAAUUAGCAUUGUUAAUUUAAUCAAAUUUAAUUAAUCUGACAAAGUUUUUUAAAGUAUCUUUGUGGGGGUGGGGUCUGCCAUCUCUGUCCUAUAGUCUCUUGAAGUAAAUGGUAAAUAUGAUGCAAGACAAACAUGUUCAUGGACUAUGACUGAGAAUCCACUUUACUGCCAUGUGGUGUAUGCAGUUGGUUUUAUUUAGUUAUUAAUAGUAAACUGCAGUUUAAAAAUUGUUCUACAUCUUCAGUUUUCUCAAAUAAUUAUUUAGGUAAGUAGAAAACAUGUGCAAAUAUUUACAUUGAAGCAUAUGAUGGAAAUAAGCCUGCUACCAUCAUCAGGUAUUUUAAACCAACAAAGGAAAAUGUGUCCAAGAAUAUAUAUAAUUUGAAGCUGAAAUUAUGUUUUGAUUUGACCAUACUAAUAUCACUUAAUACAAAUUAUAUCACCAAUUGAAAAAAUUAGACUCACUAAACCAUACUGAACCCACUGCUGAAUCUUGUUCUAGAAGUCAGGAUGUGGAGAAAUGCAAUAUAACUAACCCCACCCCCCACCCCACAUCACCAUAAUGCAAAGGAAUUUUAACAACAACAUGCCAUUGUUGUGUUAUAUAAUAAAACAAUUUAUUUUAGAUUCCUCCAGUUGUAGUGGUCUGGCAGUACACUACUAGCCAGACUGGAACAUAUACCACUGAUUGAACCAUUAAUGUUACUAUUACAUUAGUGGUUAAGGGGCUUACGAGUAUUUCUCAUCAGUAUUGUUACUCAACGUUUUAAGGAUGAAACACAAUGUCUUAUGUGAGGAUACUAUAAUAUAAUAUUAUUUGAAGAUUGCUGUCUUCUGGGUUAUUGCGCCUUGUAUUCUGGUAGAUAUCCACCAACAUUUCAGAGGUCCAUACUGCCAUCAUCUGGCGCCGCCCUAGUGAUGGAGGCAGCCCGGACCUCUGAAACGUUGGUGGACAUCUACCAGACUACACGGAGCAACAACCCAGAAGACAGAAUUCUUCAGACUCACCGCUGUGAAAACCUCAAAUCCUACAUAAUAUUAUUUAUAAAUCUAUACUUCAAAAGAACAUUUAUUUUAUUUGUACUAACAUUUCAUAUUUGAUCAAUGCACAGUAUCUAUAUUGAGUGCUUUCAAGCACUGUACUAUCUAAAUAUUUGUUAAUUAUCUCACACAUAUUGAGAAAAACAGGAACAGUAUUAAUAAAGUGAUGUGAAACAAAUGUAACUGGCAUGAUAAACACAGCUGAACUGUGAUACAAGUGGUUAAAUAAAUUAUUUCAAAUAUUGGUAAAGUAAACAGCUGAUAUUGUUAUUUUAUGUCAUCAGUCCCAUGUUUAACAGUGUUAGGCUUAAUAAAUUUUCUUGCAGACUUGAAAAACAAAGGAAUAUUAAUUUAAGAAAGUUUUAUGUAAAUACAGCUGUCUGUACGCUGUUAGUGUGAUCAGCUUUAUCAUAUGUAAACAGGAAUGACAAUAUUACAUUUUAUGAGCACUUAACUGUAUUUCUAGAUUCAGGUAAACAAGUCUUGGUAUUUGUGUAGAAUCUAAAAGAAAUGUGAGGUACGUACAUUAUCACUAUCUUAUGUGCAGCAUUGCACCAAAAGAGAUUCAUCACAUUACACUGCUUGUUCAUAAACAUAUUUCAGUAUUUAUGGUACAGUAACAUUUUGUGAAUAGAAAGGAACUUAGUAAAUUAUUGGUUGAAGGAAAAUAUAUUAAAUAUUGCAAUUA